GUUGAAUGAAAAAGGUUCUUCCUUUGUGGAGCUCUUGAAGCUUUGUUCCGAUCCUUGCGAUUGAGUGGCGUGAGACUACGACGUUCUCCUCGAAGAUCAGUUGGUGUGAGACCAACAACCUAUCCGACAUCUAUCUAUCACAAUCCAUCCAUCACAUCUAUACCAUCUUAGAUCAUCUUGCGCCAUCUGCACAUGACGAACAACAAGCAACAACCUUUAAACCAGUUCACCGCGAUCUUGACAAAUUCCUUAGUCUGAUUCAUAUUUGUUGAUCAUUGGAAAGUUAUUCAAACGAUCCACAUGGUAAAACUCAUCCCUACCCAUCCAUAACUUUGUUUAUCAUCUUUUUUUUUUUUAGAUUACAUAAAUCGUAUUUUCGCAAAACCCUAUAAAAAUCCCAUUUUUAAGUCUACCCUUCGCUACCCAGUCGCCUGACAGUGUCUAUUUUUUGACUUGAUGUGUGGUUUUUCCUAUCAAAACCUCCACAUCUUCAACAACAUUUAACAUAAAAGUUGUGCGAAAUUUUCCUUGCUUUUGUUUGACACCAAGAUAACCUUAUUUGGAGUUCUGUAGUGAAUGUUAUGCCCCAAAUACCGAAGGGUGUUCGCAAUUGAAAAUCCAUUAGCUGCUUUUGGGAUUCUCCAAAUUUCUCAGUUUAAACAUAUAUUUGAAUGUCAAGCAUGGGAAUAUGAUUGUGGUAGCUUAGAAUUAUUUUCUUGAAUGAUUGAAGAGUAUGUUCAUGGCAUAUAACUUGAUUAUCUUGUGAAAGAACAACCUGGGACUGAAUUUGAAUAUAAUUAUAUACCUUUUUAAGAUCCUUGGACCGCAUGAUAAAGCAUGAUUUAUUUUGUUUAUGUUGGUUUAUUAAAUUUUGAUUUUAAAGUGUUUAUUAUGUGUGUGUUGAUUGAGGGUUGAACACAAGUAGGACUUGGUCACCCUACCCCACCCUACAACAUCUGAGCAUAAACAACUAGGGUGUACCAUCUUGUCCUGCACCAUCUUGGUAUCAGAGCCUAGGUUAGAGCUAGGUUAGAAUAAGUUGAACCCUUAAACCUCAUCCUCCUUUGGUUGAAUUGACCUCCCCAAGUUGUUGUUGUGAGAAGUAGCCCUUUUUUUUUUUUUUUUUUUUAAUGAUUUAAUGGCAACUAGAGUUAGUAACUGUUACAUAGGUCGAAGGAUUUGUGAUGAAAGAGAACUUCCUAUGCCUCCUAAAGAAAUAUCUCCCCUUCUUCCACAAAGGCAAGUGAAUCAUCAAGAUGAUCUUUCUAGGAGACCACAGCGUCAUGAGCCCUAUGUCCAACAUUGGGAUAAUGAGGACUAUGACGUUGAUGACCUUAAUGUUAGGAGACCUUACCAUAGGGACCGUCGUGAUCCUUACAAGGAUGUAAUGAGGAUAAAAUCCCCCACCUAUGAUGGGUAGAUGGAUCCUAAAGUCUUCCAAGAUUUGUUGACUAGGAUGGAUGCCUAUUGAUUGGUGUAAGAUGACUGACCCUCAUCGGAUUAUGUUUGUAAAAAUGAAAUUAACGGGGCAAGCCAAACUCCUUUGGAUAAAUGUUGAGAGGCAAGAAGCGAGGUUAAACGAUAGACCCAUUGAGCAUUGGGAUUUAAUGAAGGAUAGAUUAAGGGAGAAGUAUGAACCCCUUAGUUAUAAAGAGCACCUUAUAGGUCAAAUUUACAGUUUGCAUCAAUGUAGCAUGACUGUUUCAGAAUAUAUGAAUUAAUUCGAUAAGCUGAUUGUAAGAUGUGGUGUCUAUGAGGUUGAUAGUCAAUAGACCUCCCGAUUUUGUCUAGGACUAAAGCCUGAACUGAGGAGAAAACUAUUCUCGUAUCACAUGGAGUCCUUUAAACAUGCCUAUAGUUUAGCUUAUAACUUUGAGCAAAGGAGUAAAGAGCCCAUGGGAAAAUGGUUUGAUACCUCUUCCAAUGAGUCAUACUCUCACCAGAUUCAGAGUUAUGAAAAGUACCGAUUAGAGCAAUCAGGUCUAGUCACCUCUCAAGAAAGCAAUUCCCCAGUCCAACAACUUAUGGACAAAGGAAAAGCACCCAUGAACUUGGCACUUGAAAGGGAAGAUGGUGAGAAAGAUAAGAAGGAGAAGAAAGAAGCUAGUGGUGAAUCCUUGAACACCAUAUGUAAAAAGCUGUUUGAGCAGGAUAGUCAAGAUACCAAGGUAGUGUCGGUAGAUGUUCGUAAGGAGACUGAAAUACCCCUUCUUGAGAAAGAAACACCCUUAGAAGUAUCAUCCCUACCUUCUGAGUUUGGUAAUGUCAUUCUUGAGCCACUGAGUGAGCUACCUCCCAUGGGAAAGAUUCCGUAUGUCACAGACCUUCUUCCUUAUUCACCUUUGCCUUAUAUAUCACCUCAUAGUGUGAACCUGAUAGAAAAUGAGGAGUUGAAUAUACAAGUGAAAGAAUUGAAGGAACUUGACUUUGUUCAUAAGAAUUUAGUUCCACUUACCUGCCCUACUGUCCCUAAUCUCAAGAAAGCUAAAAUUUUGAGCAUAUGCAUCAACAAAAUUGACAUCAAGAAUAGGUUUCCCAAAAUCAUUGUUUCUGAUAGAGAUGUGAAGCACAUAAGUUACUCUUUGAAAGCCUGGAGGACCAUAUUAGGCACCAAACUUAAAUGUCCUAGUGCUUAUCACCUCAAAACCAAUUGGCAAGUUGAAGUAGUGAAUAAGAAGCCUGUAGAUCUUAUUCCACUACCACUUAAGUCUAAAGUGAGUGAGCCAACUGAUGCCUUUGAAAAACAUAUACAUGAGCUACACUCUAAAAUUAGAAUGACGAUUAAUCUGAACAAUGAACAUUAUAAAUCUAUUGCUGAUAUUCAUUGCAGGUUACAAGAAUUUUCAGAGGGUGAUAUGGUUAUGAUCUGUAUUCAUCCCAAACAGAUUCUGGUAGGAAAGGUAAGAAAGUUAUAUGUUAAGAAAAUGGGUCAUUUCAAGAGUUUAAAGGAAAUAAGUUCUAAUGCUUAUAUGAUUGAUACUCCCAUUGAAUCUUACAUUUGUAAUGUGUUUAAUGUUGAGAACUUAACAACAUUUAUUGUAGCAUCUUCUUUUGUAGAUACUUCUAUUUCUAACCCUACAGGUAAUACCUCUCCAUUCUCCAUUUAUCAUGCCCCCGAACCAAAGAAAUUGCCUUUACCACCAUCACCACCAAUAUUUAAGAACCGUGAUGACAUUGAGGAAAUCUUGGAUGACAAAACCAUGAUCACACGAGCUGGAUCCUAUCAGAAAUUUUGGGUUAAGUGAAGAGAUAAGCCAAUUUCAGAGCGCAACUGGAUUUUGAAGGAAGAUUUAAUUUGUCUCAACUUGGAAUAUGUUUUGACGCGUGGACAACCUCCAGAUGCCUACAUUCUUCGCCGACAUGGUGACUACCGUGGACGACCUCCAAAUGUCUAUGUUCUUCGUCGACAUGAUGACCACCUUUUGUUCGUUGACAUGGUGACACGUGGACGGCCCCUGGAUGUCCACAUAUACUUCAAGACUUUAUGGAAAUACUUGAAGAUUUUUCAGCACAAAGAAGCCCGAGUUGUGAUUUUGCAAUUCUGAGAUCAAGACCCUUGUAGGCCCCACAUGGAUCUACUAGGCCCCACACAGCACAUCUAGGCCCCACAUAGCUUGGACUUCCUUUUUUAUUUUAUUUUAUUUAAUUAAUUACAUUAUGCGUUGUUAGGUAUUUACUUUAUGAGAGGAUUGAGUGAUUAAUAAGUUUUAAUUGUGAACAUUAAAGUGAGUCAUCCCUCAUGCUUGUAUGGGGAUGUUUAGGUAAUUUAGCAUUUAAUUUUUUACUUUCCUAUAUAUAUUACUAUUGUAAACGCUAGAAGGCAGCCAAGUUUGAUUAUUGAAUGAAAAGAAAGGUUCUUUCUUUGAGAAA